AUGGAUGCGUUCCCGUACAUUGCACCCCAUCUCAAGUACUCGGGACUGACCAGGCAAGAAAGAGAAGGAAUCGCACCAAAAGCAAAUCUCAAAGCCGCAAACAUGAACCAAGCUAAUUCACCCGGCACCAAUACGGCGCAAAUGGACCCUAUCAUAACCGCCAGGAAACACGAAACUAUGAACAACCGCAGCUAUGCCAUACCGUUUCCUGGCAGUUUGAAUAAUUCCGAAGAUGACCUCCAGCCCUUUCCAGACCCUGAGGUGUCUUCGCUUCCUCUGGAUACAAAGCCCGGUGCACGAAUACACUACACGUACUAUCCAGCAUCAAAGCCCCAUGCCAAUCACCCCAACCCAUUUUCGCAGACGCUUAUUGUCUUUCUUAAUGGGCUAGUAAUGCCGAGAAGCUCCUGGGACCCUACGAUUCGAAGUUUUCUGGAGAAGAGAAUCGUUAGUCGGCUACCAUAUCCUGGUCUAUUGAGUUACGACAGAUAUGGGCAGGGAGAUUCAGAUCCCGACCCGGACGACAAAGACCCACCACCUUCACACGGCCAUGACGCCAUAUCCGCGGUAAAAGCACUGAAGCAGUUUACGCUGCAAAUAUGGCGCGAGCAUCUAGACAUCAACAAACCCACGCGGUACCCCUGUUUAAUCUUCGUGUGCAACAGCAUCGGCUGCGCGCUCGCCCGCCUCUUCACACAAUGUUACCCAGGUACGGUAUCGGGCCUGCUCUUCCUCGACAGCAUCAUGGCAAAUUCGGAUUACCAAGACUUCUGGCCCAACCCCGAUGCGCCAGACUUCAACCCACACACGCUCCCCGAUGGCGUCACCGAAGAUGAAGUGCGUGCGACGCGGGAAAAGUACAGGCGCAUGUUUCACCCCGACGUGCCGAGUCAGGAGGGCUUAUCACGACAGAAUCUGCCGAAGUUGCUCCCGCACGCGGACGGACCGAAAUUGGAGGGGUAUCUGGGAAAAGGUCCUUACCUCACCGUCGUAGGCCAUGAUUGGGAAACGUUUGCGGAACAAUCGUACACGGGUAGUCUUAGGACUCCAAAGAUUCUCACUAUGACUUAUGCCAACCCCGCUUGGCGGCGCUACAACGAAGGCCUUUGUAGGAUUACGGACGAAGGCAAGGCGAUUGGGCCCAUUACGGCGGUACGAUGCGGCCACUUUAUUCACCAGGAUGAUCCCAAGUUUGUGAGCGACGAGAUGGUUAGUCUGCUUGAUCGCGUGGUCAAUCGCGUGCAGCAAGUUAGUAAGAGAGAGUGAGUGGGGUAGGGUGGGGUUGUAACUUUAAUAUAUGCCCAUGACAAAGUGUGUGUAAUGGUGGUGGAGAUGUGUUUGCUUGUUUAUAGCUGGAUUGGCAUAUAUUAUGCUACAAAGCAUGGAAAAGUCCUUCCCA